UCUGCCCCCAUUAAAUCACCCCCAGUACCCCAUUCCCACAGCUAAUCAGCCCCUCUUAAUCCAGACCCAGAAUCCAAUUCCCACAGCCAAUCCGCCCCGAUUAAUCCAGACCCACCAGCCAGGCGCUCCAUUUUUCCCACCCAGACCAGACCCACACCAGUUUGGACCUCAGAACCAGGGCCCGGUCCCCACGCCUCAGCCCCAUGCACUGGAGCGUCUCCACACGGAGCAGAACCUCGGGCCGGACCCAGAGACCCAGCCGUGGGCAGGACAGGCCGAUGAGCUGGAGCUUCUCCACUCUGUGAGCCCCAGCAGUGAGAGUCCGAGCCUGGGCAACAUGGAGAGCCUCAGUGAGGAACUUCCUGUCCGUUUGGAGGAACUGAGGGGAACCCAGACGGAGAGGGGAAGCGCCUGCGUUACCCCCGUCCGCCACCAGGGGCUGGCGCUGCUGUGUGCCGCUGGCUCGAGCGCUACUCCUCCUCCGGCACCCACAGGAUUAAAACUGCUGCAGCUGCCCCCGCGCUCCUCCUUGCCCCCCCCUGCUGUCCCCACAGGCCUCCUCUACAGCUCUGCCGUGCCCCCCCUCCCAAGAGAGGCGUUUGUGCACCCCCGCGCAGACCCCCCCGUCCUGCCCAGAGAGGGGGGCAGGGGGUGGCGGAAACCGGCCCAGCGGGCAUUCGAGGUUCCGCCGGACCAGAGCGUCCGUCAGGUGGCGCAGCCCAAACUCCUGGACGGCCCAGGGCAGGGAAGUGGUCAGGGUGGCCCCCUCCAGCUGAUCCUCGCUCCCCCGUCCCACCGGCAGCCCCUGCCCCGCGGCCUCCCGCUGCUGCGCUUUCACCCCGAGCCCCGCCUGCCUGCCCCUCCCGCCCCCUUCACCACCCCCGCCACGCCUCUGAUCUCCGUGCCCAGCCCUCCAGGGUUUCCUGAGGUCCCAGGCCACCCAGCGUUCCCAGCGUUCAGCUCUGGCAUUCAGCUGCUUCAGAGGGCCCCCGAUCAGCCAAGCAAGGUGCUCCUGGGGCGGGUGGCGUGGGCUCCAGAGUGUGGGGAGAAGGCUGGGCCUCGCCUCCUCACCAUGGCCUCCCAGGCCCACCCUGCUCAGGAUACACUCGCCUCCAGCAAAAGGCAGAAGAGGAGGGAGGAGAGGGAGCAGGAGGGACAAAGCAGAAGCCUUGGCAGACCGGAGGAUUCCAGCAUCUCUCCGACAGAGGCUGAUAAAGCUGAGCCAUCAGGGUCAGCGCUGGAGGAAGACAUGGUUGACGAGUCGGGCAGCUCCGUGCUGGCCGGGCCGGACCUGAUCUCCAGGGCUCUGUCCACUGCAGCCGAGCUCCACGCCUUCGCCAGCACGCAGAAGAGACCGCCCCAGCUCCACGAUGCCAGCACCAACACCGACUCCGCAGGUGCGGUGCAGGUAGAGACCGCUGCAGCAGCCUGUCCUGGUGUACUCCUGAACCUGCAGUUCCCCCGGGAGGCUGAGAGCGCGGUCCAGCAGGGACCGGACACGGUCAGCGCAGGACGCCACUUCAUCAACGUGAUUAAUCUGGAGGACGAGGAUCUGCUGGAGCACCUGCCCUCCCGCCAGGCUUCUGCCUCCCCGACCGGGCCGACCUCCACCCCCGUCUCCCCCCACACCCACCGGCCUGGAGCUCCUGGCCCAAAUCACACCUCCACUGAGCAAAUGACUGUGGAGACUGUGCUCGACACACAGCUGGAACCCAGUGAGAGGCCCAGUCCCCCUGUGAUACCGGGCCUGUGGGGCAUCUCUGAACCCGGCCAGGAUAAGGAGCCACUCGGGCUACUCGUGGAGAUAGAGCCUCUCAGCCUCCCCAACUCUUCGCGUCUCGGUCUGGGCCUCAGGGACUCUUUGGGCCUCAGUGUGAGCUUCAGGGACGUGGAGGAGCAGAGCACCAGCAGCAGGGGUGGUGUGGGAAGAUCAGCAGACGCUUUUGAUUCCAUGAUGGAAAGGUCUGGAAAGUUUUCAGACGGGCCUCUGGACCUGAGUGACACGGGCGACACCCUGACAGAGUUGGGCGGGCUGAGAGGUGCCUCCACCUAUUCACUCGGCCCAUCAGACUCACUGAGAGACAGGUUUCUCAGAUGGGGUGAGCAGAACAACGUGGGGGUGGAGGAGGAGGAGCAGCGAGAGGAACUGCGGGCAUGGAUGAAGAAGAAGCAGAAAGAAAGGAUUGCAGAAUACCGCAGACAGAGGGAGGAGAAGAGAGAUCAAGAGCACCGGCCCUUCACACCUUCGUCCACUCAGGUCAGGCUGUGCAUCGUGGUCCCAGCCGACCCUGCUGACCUGCAGUGA